GAUGACUUCAAAGAGAUGGAACGGAAAGUUGACGUGACCAGCAGAGCUGUGAUGGAGAUAAUGACUAAAACAAUUGAAUACCUUCAGCCCAACCCAGCUUCCAGGGCUAAGCUCAGCAUGAUCAACACCAUGUCGAAAAUCCGAGGCCAGGAGAAGGGGCCAGGCUACCCUCAGGCGGAAGCACUGUUGGCGGAGGCCAUGCUCAAGUUCGGCAGGGAGCUGGGGGAUGAUUGCAACUUUGGUCCAGCUCUCGGUGAGGUGGGGGAAGCCAUGAGGGAGCUCUCGGAGGUGAAGGACUCUUUGGACAUGGAAGUGAAGCAGAACUUCAUUGACCCCCUGCAGAAUCUUCAUGACAAAGAUCUAAGGGAGAUCCAGCAUCACCUGAAAAAGUUGGAAGGGCGACGCUUAGACUUUGACUAUAAGAAGAAACGACAAGGCAAGAUUCCAGACGAAGAACUUCGCCAAGCUCUGGAGAAAUUUGAUGAAUCUAAAGAAAUAGCUGAGUCAAGCAUGUUCAACCUCCUGGAGAUGGAUAUUGAACAGGUGAGCCAGCUCUCCGCGCUAGUGCAAGCCCAGCUGGAGUACCACAAACAGGCUGUGCAGAUCCUGCAGCAGGUCACUGUCAGGCUGGAGGAAAGAAUAAGACAAGCUUCAUCUCAGCCAAGGAGGGAGUAUCAGCCCAAACCACGAAUGAGCCUAGAGUUUGCCACUGGAGACAGUACCCAGCCCAACGGGGGGCUCUCCCACACAGGCACCCCUAAACCCACAGGUGUGCAAAUGGACCAGCCCUGCUGCCGAGCCCUGUAUGACUUUGAACCUGAAAACGAAGGGGAACUGGGUUUCAAAGAGGGUGACAUCAUCACCCUCACUAAUCAGAUUGAUGAGAACUGGUACGAGGGGAUGCUUCAUGGCCAGUCUGGCUUUUUCCCCAUCAACUAUGUAGAGAUUCUGGUUGCUCUGCCCCAUUAGGACCUUAUGCUAGCUGGCUCACCUCCUUCUGACCCAGAUAGUUCAGUUUAACCACUGCUUUGGUAAUGCCGCUUCCAACACAUCAUGAAUGCAGGCCGCAGUGGAUGAGUCACCAAGCCCACACGUGCCCUGGGUUGACCCGUGUGCUCCUACAGGAGACACGGUGAUAGAUGGUAUCUUCCAUGGCCAGUGGGCCUGGCACAUGCUUUAAACACCAUCCGAGACUAGCCAGUGGCCACAGAACUGCUUUGUACACCGUUCUCAGGAGGCUGUGGCUCCCAUAAUAUGUCUCUGAGCCACAUCACGGACACACUCUCCUCCUCGCUGAAGAUAUUGUCUCUCACCCAGGGGCAUCUCAAGGUCUCCAGUUCUCCACUUACAGAGGAGGAAGUCCUUUUCGUUGCACUUUCCCUUCCUAAAUAUGUGAGUCACAGAACUGUUGGUGAAAAUAUCCCCCACCAGCAAAUUGUCUGCUGGUCUAAGCAACGUAGUCUCUUGGUGCCAUCAGAAGUAUUAAUCGCCCAAAGCACCUUCUUCUCUUACUCCCAUCUAUCUAUCUAUCUCCUACUCUGAGACACGGC